UUACACACGCACAUAUCAGAUAAAUUUAAAAAAGAGGUGGGGUCGAAUUACAAAGGUAUUAGUUACUCUUUGACCUUGACAACAUCCUCUCCUGCCAAUCGAAACCUCCAAUUUUGGGAGCCCAUUUGGAAUAAUUGCAUUGCAUAAUGUGUGUUAUAAAUAAAAAACAAAGAAAUCAAAUUGACCAUUUUUUUCAAUGAAUUGUAGAUAAAAAUUUUUCAUCAGUGCUGCUACCGUUUUCCAUUAAGAAAUAAAGGCCUAGACGGAUAAAUAAACAAUCAUCGUAUGUGAAGUGUGACAAAAAAAGCUACAAUACUAUUAGACAAAAAAGGUUUCAAUAAAAUCAUUAAAGAAACUACGUAUGGGUGUGCAAAUGCAAGAAGUGAACACACUUUUACUUUAAUAUUGUUAUGAGUGGAGUAUUAUCCAUGUACGAUGGUUUGGAACAAGGGACUACUUCAAAUAAUGGUCCCUUGGAAACAGUUGAAGGAGCUCCUAAAAAAUUAUCCAGAGGCAUUUCCCGUGCGACGGAAAAUGAUGCCCUUGUGAACAAAGCACGUUCUCAAUUAGCUUCUGAUGGUUUAGAAGCACCGGAAUUUACGUUUUCAUUGCCUGACUUAUCAGUAUAUCCAGAUCCAUUUCUUCAGUUUUUGGAGAAGGAUCUAUUUGAGGCGGGCUGUAUGUCAUCAUUAGAGGCUGCUGGUCGGCUAAAUUGGUGGUGUGGAGGAAAAAAUGAUGGAUCGAGAGCACUUUGGCCUUUGCAAACUAUCGGCGAUGGAAAUUGUCUUUUACAUGCAGCUUGCCUUGGAAUUUGGGGUUUUCAAGAUCGUAAUUUGACAAUGCGUGAACAUCUUCAUAAUAUGCUUGCCGAGGGAAAAUACCGUGACGCAAUUUUCAGGAGAUGGAAAUGGCGACAAACGACAUUAAAUGCAACGGCAGGUUUGGCAUAUACAGAAGCGGAAUGGCAACAAGAAUGGCAAAGUGUUGUUGACAUGGCUUCGAUUAAUCCACGAAAUCAAACAAUAACGUCUUAUCAAAGUUUAGAAGAGGUACACGUAUUAGCUUUAGCCCAUGUUCUUCAACGUCCAAUUAUAAUCAUAGCCGAGACCAUGUUAAGGGAUUCCGAGGGCGUUGCUUUGUCACCUAUUAAUUUCGGUGGAAUUUAUCUACCUUUGGAAAUUCAUGCUUUCGAAUGUAAACGAACGCCUUUAUUAUUGGCCUAUCAUUCGGCACAUUUUUCGCCAUUAAUCUCCGUUGCUAAAGGACAAAAUAACGAGGAAAGAAUUUAUGUACCUUUAGUUGAUCCUGAAACAGGACAACUUUUACCUGUACCAUUUGCUGUUGAUCCUGGACCCGAAUGGGAUUGGUCGGCAUCUCAAGAUUUACUUUCAUGUUCACAAGAUACGAUGGAGAUUUUAGUGAGGAAAUAUUUGGACUGUGAAUAUCAAUUAUUAGCAGUUGAUGACAUGGAACGUUUUUAUGAUGCUGAUGGUUCGACUGUAAAUAGAAAUAAAACCGCAAAGCAGCUUUUAGAUGUAACAAAACACUUUGAAUCGUUCAGUAGAUCGCUUAGUAUGAAAUUAGGAUUUAAUUCACACAAGAGACCAAAGAGCCCUCCAUCGUCUUCGUCAUCGUUUCCAACUGGUCCAAUUGGCGACGGCGUUCUAAGUGUCAAAGUCAAAAUCACAAGAAUUGAUUACAUGAACCAAAUGAUACAAAAUUAUCUCGACUGCGCACAAGAAAGAUUUUUGCAAGAUCAUCAUUCGGAUAUGACUGGUACAGUGAUGAAUUACGGAGCUGGAAAAUCCAAAUUUUACACAGCCAGCGAUAGUUGCAGUCACGCAAGUGUUAAUAAAUUGACACCGAGUACGAAUUCUAAUACUCCAGAUGCUCUUUACCUGGCCAAUUCAACUUUCUUCGUAAAAUCUUCAGAGGAGGCUGACACGCCGAAUUCUGAACAAUGGCAUAAUAAAAAUACUGUGCGCAAAUGUCGUAAUGACAAAUGUACUUUUUAUGGAACUCCUGAACAUCAACACUACUGUUCACAAUGCUGGGCAAAUAGACGACAACGUUAAUCUGCCUAAAAAAUUUUUUUUUAUCUCUCCAUGACAAUAAUCACCGUCUGAAUUAUCUAACCAGUAGGAAUAUAUCGAUAUAAUUAUCUUUCUAAUCGUAUUAAAUCGCUGUCUGACUGAAUAGGUUUUUUUUUUUUUAAAUGUAACGUCUUAAUAAUACUUUGCUUUAUUUAUUAACUAUUACAACUUGACCGCAUUAAAUGAAACGUUACAUUAUUUUUAUGAUACGAUACAUAUCUUUAAUGACUCUAUUAAGAAUCUCAGUUUUCGGUAUUAUCAACAAAUUAAUAUUCGAUUUUCAAUAUAAGUAAUAUCAUUCGACGAGAUUACAAUUUGUUUAACAAACAAUUCUUCCAUUGUUUGGAAAGAAUGUCAAUUGUUUCUGAUUAUCAUUGUAAAAAUGAACAAAUUUACUUAAAACUGAGUACAAGUUUUAGCUGAUAGCUUUAAUAUUAUUCAAAUUUUAAUAUAAAUGGAAUUUAAAAUAAGUUUUAUAUAAUCAAAGAGAAUAUGUUGGAAAUUUUUAAAAUUUCGUUAUUCAAAAAAGAAUUUUUUAAAAAUAAUAAUUAGUCUAUAGUGUUAUAGUCACUAGAAUUACUAGUAGUACUAAAAAAAAAAGAAGAAAAUUUAUCAAACAAUACAUAUAUAUAUUUUAAUGAGAAAUCUUAAAGUACAAAAUUAUCGAUUUUUCAAGAUAUUGUUUUUUUUUUUAAAGCUACAGAUUUAUCGAACAUUUUUCAUAAAUCGUGCCUUGUCUCGUAAAUUUACUUUAGAAUUCCACUUUAUUCAUUAAUUCUCGCUUUAUAUCGUGCACAUAUAUAUAUAAAAAAAUAUAUAUAUUAAUAAGAAUAUUGCAUAAUAAUUUCAAAGAUUAGCGCUACAUAGUUUUAAAAUCAAGAAAAAGAUAUUUAAGAAUCACGCGACAUUUCACGCACUCUCUUAUAUUAUCAAAAACAUAUUUGACUCGUGCCUUGUCAAGUUUCAAAGAAAUACUCCAUACUAAUAUUGUGCUGUGAUUAUUCUUUUUUUUCUUUCUCUAUUUCUUUUUUUUUCAUUACUACAUCUUGUAGAAAUUAAAAUAGAAAUCUAUAAUUCAUUAAUUUGAUUUCAAUUUUCGUGUAAAACUUGACUGGUUUUUUUGUAUUUAUAUUAUGAUUAAUGAAAAUUAAAAUGCUAAAUAUUUCAACUAAAAAAAAAUCUCCGUAUAGUAACUUCAAUAUAUUGUUCUUCGGAUUCAGUCGUUCACAAAAAAAAUAGUUGAUCUACAAAAAAAACUCAGUAGUUUCACUUUGAAAAUGACUGUAAAACUGUGUGAAAAAUAAAAUAAUAUUUUUAUACAGUG